AUGACCAAAUCUGAAUCACUUGUAGCACUGAAUUACCCUUUGAACAAAGUGCUCGACAGAAAAUAUGAUACUGUUAAUAUUUACUUCCCUAGGCAGAACAUUGCUCUCACAGGUUCGCCGCCUGCCCCAGCCGACGGCGGCGGCAUAGCGGAAAGCACUUACUGCACUAACAUAGCUCGUACAACAACGGUAAUUUGUGAAAAGCAUUUCACUCCAGAGGAUUAUGAAGUUAGUGUUCAUGGAAAUAAGGUACUAAAAAAGGUGCCAGUUCCAUCUGUGUUUGAUUUUCCAGUCCAUCUCAAGAAAGAACGUAGCCAUCGAAGGGUUUUGAAAAGAAAACAUGAAGAAUCCAACUCAAAAGCAACAGAACAAACUUUGGCUAUUUGUGAAGUAGUAGAAGAACCUGAAAAUGGCGAUCAUGCUGAGGAUGGAAAUAUAUUGGCAGCUGGUCCUUCAAACGUUACACAAAAUCUAGGAUUUUUAGAAUCAAGUGAACCUUCAAACAUAUGCAAUUUAAGGGUCAAAAGAUCACCAGUAUACUUUGGGGAUUUCAAAAUCUCUGAUUUAAAUAAUCUGCAGCGUCGGAACAGAUUUUGGAAAACUGCUCAUGAAACUGUUCAUGAGUACGAAAAAAAAUAACAAGUACAAUCAGUGUAAAAUUUGUAGACAAAGAAAUAAAAUAAAAAGUCUGAGUAGUCUGGUAGAUGAACUACUUAAGGAGAAGAGAAUAUCUGUAGCUCAGUCACUAGUAUUUGAGGUAGACAUUUGAUGAACAGAUACUUUGCUGCUACAAUUGUUACCUUGUAGAUUAUUUCCAUUUGUAAAAUUUUCAUUUCAAUUGCGGAACUCUGUUGACUAUCUAUUGAUUACUAGCUAUUUUACCAUCACAGUAUUUAGGUUUUACAUUUAGUGCAUGAAAUUUUUAGCUUAACAUUAUGAUGCAUUUGUUUUUAUAGGAAAGUCUCCCAGAAACCCAAAAGCAACUGCUUUUCAGGCAGUUGAAAAAAGGAAAAUCUAACAAGUAUAGCCCAGAAUUAAGGUGUUUUGCACUAACAUUAAAUUUUUAUUCAUCAUCAGCAUACAACUAUGUUAGAAAAAUAUUUGGAAAAAAUGUUCUACCACAAUUUUUAUAUCUUCAAAUGUGUAAAGGAGAAUUUAUUGUCAAGUUUCAUACAUAUAUAAAUAAAUAAA